CACCGGCACUCACUCACAGGACCACCAAGCGAAUGUGGAGGAUCGCUUGCCGUAUCUCCACGAUUGUUGUUGGUAAUGGGGAUUGGGAUUGUCUCCGUCCUCCCUUCCCCUUGCUCCUCCUCACUCCCUGGCGCCGUCGCCGGCACCAGCAUCUCCACUGCCACCACUCGCCCUGCCGUGAUUCUACCAGGGCUUGGGAAUAACACCGGAGACUAUCAAAGACUGGUAUCAACGCUCGGAGAAGCUCAUGGCAUCCCUUCGGUAGUCGCCAAGGUGUCGCGGGUCGAUUGGCUCCGGAAUGCUGCUGGUGUUCUUGACCGUAACUAUUGGAAGGGUACCCUCCGCCCUCGCCCAGUGCUCGAUUGGUAUCUGGAAAGAGUCGACCAAGCUGUAUCUGAAGCUAAGAUGCUCUGCCCGCAAGGUGAGAGGAUUUCACUGAUCGGUCAUUCAGCUGGGGGAUGGCUUGCCCGUGUUUACAUGCAAGAAUUUGGUAUUUCCAAUGUGGCUUUGCUGCUGACCCUUGGAACUCCUCACUUGCCACCUUCAAAGGGUUUCCCUGGAGUCUUUGAUCAAACCAGAGGCCUCUUGGAUUAUGUUGAGAAGCAUUGUUCGCCAGCUGUUUAUACACCAGAACUGAGAUAUGUAUGUAUUGCUGGAAGGUACAUUCAAGGAGCUCACUUCGGUGGGGAUGAUAAAAUAAUUUCAAAUGAGAUGGUUGAGGUCGGGAAACUUGGGGGCACAUUUGAAUUAGCAAUGGAUAGUGGCAAUCAGCCCCCCUCAGCUGGUCCUACCCUACGUGCCCGUCUCAUUGGUCAGGGAUACAAGCAGGUGUGUGGGCGUGCGGAAGUGUGGGGAGAUGGUGUUGUUCCUGAAAUUUCGGCACAUCUGGAAGGUGCACUAAAUAUUAGCUUGGAGGGGGUAUACCAUUCUCCAGUAGGUUCUGAUGACGAGUCACGGCCAUGGUAUGGAUCUCCGGCUAUAGUUGAAAAAUGGGUGCACCAUCUUCUUGCUUGAUGGAUCCCUCUAUUCUUCUGAUUAUUAUCACUUCGAGAGCCAGUUUUCCGCACAUUAACGCUGGAGGUAUUGGUGUCCUUCAAGUUCGAUCAGUCGUAUAGGAGGUUCGACAGCAUUGAUGUCAUACAGUUUAGGGCAUUCAGACAUCAGUUCAGCAUGAGUGUCACUGAGUUUUCAGUUCGGAUGGGCUUGUAUGGUGGGAGUAUUAUUCGCUGGCUCUUACAUCACUAGACUCGUUCUGGGGAUGGGCCUAGUGGACGCUAUCCAAGGUACUGAAAAGACGGUAAUCCUCUCCCCUCUUGGACUUGAUACGAUAAGGAUGAUGGGGUUAGUGUGUAGAUAUGGGCCUGGAGUAUACAUUUUGGCUAUGUCUACCCCAGAGACUGCCGAAAGUAGAGGAGACGCAGCAGAGGCUUCACGGCAGGCCCCUGAGCCUCAGUUUGCGCCGUGGGAGACCGGGGCAUCCUUCACAGCACAGGAGAUACCCUAGCGUCCCGUACACAUCGUUACUCAUGCUCGAGCCCAUGAUAAUUUUGAGAGGCUCGAGAGUGCUGUGGAUGUGCUACGGACUGAGAUCGCUGAGGUCAGGGCUACACAGGUUGCGCAGUACGCAGGAAUGAUGACACGUCUUGACACCAUACUGCAGUUAUUAGAGCGAGACGCGUCCUCACCUUUCAUUAGGAGACUGAGCACCCCUCAGACACCGCUAGCAUCACCAAUACCAGAUCCACCGGCACCAUUCGGCCUGACACCGACAGCAGCAGCAGAGCCGACCGCCGGCAACACUAACACUUGAUGCAUCUUUCAUUUUUUUAUUUUUGUAUUUUAUUUUGGACUUGUACA